AUGUGGAAGACAAGAAAUGACUUACUUUUCCAAAAUAUUUGUUUGUCUCCUGAUGUGUGUUGUACUAAGGCUACUGACAUGUUGCAAGAAUACCAUAAAGUAUGGAUUUCUCCUUCUACCUCACCUUCUGCUCGUACGAAUGCAAAGUGGGAGCCCCCAAAUCAAGGAGUUUUAAAGGUGAAUUUUGAUGCUGCAAUUAAUCUAGAUUAUGGGAGAGUUGGAAUAGGAAUUGUGACUAGAGAUAUGCAAGGGAAGGUUGUAUUUGCUUCAUCGAAGACGCUCCUACAAAGAUGGGGACCUGAAAUGGGAGAGGCAGCUGCUGCCUUGGUAGCAAUUAAGGUGGCUAAGGAGCAAGGAUGGAAGGAUAUAGUGUUGGAGGGGGAUGCUUGUACUAUUAUACGUGCUCUAAAAGGUAGCCAACAACGUGGUAGCCAUGUCCAGCUCAUGGUGGAGGAUGCACGGUCUAUUAUGCCCAGCUUUGAUAGUAUUUCUUUCUCUUUUUGCUUUCGAGAAUGUGAUGAGGUUGCUCACCGCUUAGCUAAACAGGCGGUUUCCAACUUUAGUGAUGAGGUUUGGCUUGACGGUGGUCCUUUAUGGAUCUCCGAUGUGCUUGUAUUUGAUACCCCAGACUUUUAA